AUGGAAAACGCGACCAAGUUCUGCUACGAAUCCGGCAUCUGGGACAACCGGACAGACUACGACCUCUGCCAGGAAAAGGCGGACAUCCUGUCCACCCUCACCGCCGCCGACAUAGAAAUGACAACCGUCAUCUACGCCAUAGGAUACGCUCUCUCCCUCAUAGCCUUAUCUGUUGCCCUCUUCAUAUUUAUAUAUUUCAAGUAA